AGUUCUGCCUGUAUGGCAUCCCAAAUUUCAUGGCAGUAAGAUGAACAUCUGUAGCAGAAGUGAAGCUUCGUGAUGAUCAAUAUACCCUUGACCACAUGCGUGCUUUUGGCAUGUAUAAUUAUCUUCACCUUGAUUCCUGGUCCCAGGAUAAUGUCUACUAUGUUGAUCAGUUUGGAAGGGUUAUGAAUCUGUCAGUGACUCUGGACACUGCUCUACAAAAACCAAGAGAAGUUUUCAGGCUACCUACGGACUUGACAGCUUGUGAUAAUCGCCUUUGUGCCUCAAUACACUUCUCAUCUUCCACAUGGGUUACCCUUUCUGAUGGUACAGGAAGACUGUAUUUAAUUAAAUCAGGCAAGCGUGGAAACAAUGCAUCUGAAAAGUGGGAGAUUGUGUUUAAUGAAGAACUAGGAAGUCCAUUUAUUAUAGCACACAGUGUUUCAUUUGUAAAAUCUGAUAUGCAUUCAGUAGCUGUGCUGCUGCUUAGGGUAGAAAAAGAUGAAUUGGACACAAAAGGAAGUGGAUUUCAUAUUACCUUGGAAUGGGUUACAAUUGCAGCGAUAAGCAAAGAGGGUGGUCAUAGAUAUGAAAUCUUUAAAAGGAGAUUUUUACAAGGAAAAUCAGUCCCCCAUUACGCAGCAAUAGAGCCGAGUGGGGAUGGUCUAAUGAUUGUUUCCUACAAACCCUUCAAAUUUGUACGAGAUGAAGACGACCAAUUAGAAGAAAAUGAUGAUGCAAAAGCAACAACUGAAACGAAAGACCCUCUCUAUUACUGGCAGCAGACUGAAGAUGAUGUGACAGUAACAGUUCACAUUCCUCAAGACAUCACUAAGGAUGACAUAAAAGUACGCUUUUCCCCUGACAACAUAUGUGUUACCCUGAAAGACCAGCCUCCUUUGGUGGAAGGAAAACUCUAUUCAUCUGUGGACCAUGAAAGCUGCACAUGGAUAAUUAGAGAGAACAAAAGUUUGGAAAUUUCUCUAAUUAAGAAAAAUGAGGGACCCCGGUGGCCAGAGCUAAUAGUUGGUGACACAAGAGGGGAAUUCAUUAUGGACUCUUCCCAAUGCUCUGAAAUAACUGAAAGCCUGAUGCAUCUUACUUCUGAAGUAAUGAAUCCAAACCCUGAAAAGGAAAACCCACCUUGUAAUGCUCAAGAAUUAGAAGAAUGUGAUGCUUUUCUUGAAGAUAGUGCAAGCUUGUGCAGAUUUGAUGGUGAUACCUUGAAAGUCACUCAUGUAAUUAAUCUUGGAAGCAACCAGUAUCUUUUCUCAGUUGUUGUGGAUCCCAGAGAAAUGCCAUGCUUCUGCCUGAGGCAUGAUGUUGAUGCUCUUCUCUGGCAGCCCCACGCUGACCAACCAGAGAACAUGUGGGAACACAUUGCAACUUUUAAUGCUUUAG